AUGCCAUACCACGCCUUACCUGCGCUCAAUCAGCAGUUCAUUGUAGAUUCGAAAUACGAAUUCAUACGCGAACUGGGACAAGGAGCUUAUGGCGUUGUUUGCGCAGCCAAAAAUACAGAGACUGGUGAGCAAGUGGCAAUCAAAAAAGUUACAAAAGUUUUUGAAAAGAACAUUCUAGCUAAACGCGCUUUACGGGAGGUGAAACUUUUGAAACAUUUUAGUGGCCAUGAGAAUGUUAGUCCAAUCACAUCAAUUCUUGAUAUGGAUAUAACAAAUAUUCAGGAUUUCAACGAAAUUUAUCUAUUCCAAGAACUCAUGGAAGCCGACCUUCAUCAAAUUAUACGUUCAGAGCAACCAUUGACGGAUGCACACUUCCAAUAUUUCGUGUAUCAAAUUUGUCGGGGAUUAAAAUAUAUUCACUCGGCAAAUGUUUUGCAUAGAGAUUUGAAACCCGGUAAUCUAUUAGUAAAUGCUGAUUGUGAACUCAAGAUUUGUGAUUUCGGCCUUGCCCGUGGUUUCUCAGAUUCACCUGACCACAAUGCUGGUUUUAUGACGGAAUAUGUUGCAACGCGAUGGUAUAGAGCUCCUGAAAUAAUGUUGAGUUUUCAGAAUUAUACUAAAGCUAUUGAUAUGUGGUCAGUUGGAUGUAUUUUUGCAGAGAUGCUUGGUGGAAAACCUUUAUUUAAAGGACGUGACUAUGUUGAUCAAUUAAACCAAAUCCUGGGAAUCUUGGGCACUCCAGAUGAAGAAACUUUAAGAAGAGUUGGGAGUGAGAGGGCUCAAGUUUAUAUACGUAGCCUACCAAAAAUGCCAAAAAUCCCUUUCUCCCAACUUUAUCCUAAGGCAAAUCCUUUAGCACUUGAUCUAUUGGAAAAACUUCUCAAAUUCGAUCCAGCUGCAAGGAUCACAGUUGAGAAAGCUUUAGCCCAUCCUUAUUUGGCUGCCUACCAUGACGAAGAAGACGAGCCGGGGCAUGAUGAAAUGUUUGAUUUCUCGUUUGAAUCAGUUGAUUCUAUUGAAGAUAUGAAGAAAAUGAUUGCCCAGGAAGUGAUGUCUUUUAAAGCUUCUAAACAGUCACCAUUAGGGUUGAAUGGUGCACAAUUGGGACGUAAAGCAAGUUUGACAGCGCCUGACCGUGACAUGCUAGCCCAGCAGCGUCAACAACCAAAUCGCAAUUCUUUAUAUGAAUUUGGUGCAGCUAGUCAACAUGCGGCUAUACCUUCAGCAAGUAUGGAAGUAGAUGAAUUAGAAAAAGA